AUAAUAUCACCUCACUCAUUCGUUGUCUCCAGGAUCAAUUGUCUCCUCGGCCUGCCAUCUCCACUCCCACGAGUCAAACUCGACCAGCUCCUGGGUGAAUACCCUCAACUCCACUCUUCCUUCUUCUUCUUCUUCUUUUUCCAGCUCAAUUGGCUGUCCUAGUCGACCAUGUUGUACAGAACCACCGCUGCCCGCUCUGCCCUCCGGGCUCUUUCCAACACCAAUGCCUCGGUCGCCCGCUCGAGCUUCGCCAGCAACGUUUUCAAGGCUCCCUUGACCUCCGCCGCUCGCUUUCCCGCUCGUCCGACCUCGUCUCCCAGCCUUGCUCUGGCUGCUCGCAAGCCCGUCACCACGGCGCUUGUCCGUUAUGCCUCUUCUUCGUCCAAGGACUCCCACGGCGAGGAAGAUGUUGAUAUGAUGGCCGGUAUCAAGGGUGAGGCGAAAGUGAUCAAGGACACCUUCAGCCUUGCGGAGGUCCCCAAGGAGGCUCUGUACCUCGGUAUGGCCGGUGUCAUUCCUUAUCUCGCCACUUCGAUGGAGACCGUUUACCUUUCGUACGAGAUCAGCCGAUCCGCCGCUGGUGCCGAUGGCCUUAUCUUCUCCGGCCAGACUGCCGAGCUCCUGCUCCACAUGAUCGAGCCCAUCCAGGUCGGAUACGGCGCUGUGAUCCUCUCUUUCCUGGGUGCCGUGCACUGGGGUCUUGAGUGGGCCGGAUACGGCGGAAAGUACGGCUACAAGCGUUAUGCGGCCGGUGUUGUCGCCCCUGCCGUUGCGUGGCCGACUCUGCUCUUCCCCACCGAAUACGCUUUGAUCAGCCAGUUCCUCGCUUUCACCUUCCUCUACUACAACGACGCUCGCGCCGCUACCCACGGCCGUGCUCCCGCCUGGUACAGCAUGUACCGCUUCGUCCUGACCUUCGUCGUCGGAGCCAGCAUCGUGGCCACCCUGGUCGGCCGUGAGCAGAUUGCCAACACCAUCACCUCGGAGCACAGCAUCACCGACAAGAUCAACGCUCUGCUGUUCCUGAAGAAGAAGGAGCAGGAGGAGCUUGAGGCCCGCCGCAAGGCCGAGCUCGAGGACGCCGAGUAAAGGAAUCGAAUUCAAUCGAACUACUCUAUAUCAAAAGAGAUCCUCCGAUCCCGUGAUUGUAUAAGCAUGUGAUAUGUUGUGCAUAGUUUGAAAUAUGAUGGAGUGGCCCGAGAGCGACGAUGCGUCUCUAAGACCUUGCCUGUGGCAAGUCCCGUGUGACAGUAAAGCAAAAGGAGUGGUCCCAUAUCAUUGUUUCUCGUUUUGGUUGUCAGUUUUAUCUUUUUGUCGGGUUGAGUUUCUUGUAGAUUACAUGCGGAAUCAACGAAUCAGCGGACGCUGGAAUUUUUCA